AGAACAAAGAUAAAACCACACUAGUGUGUUAAUUUCUCUCUCAACACACUGUCAAGUCUCAACACAAAACCAAUAAUUGAAUUUCAAUCAUUUUUGUAUCCAAGUAAACCAUAUGAGUAACACAUCAGUAUUCUUAUGAUUCCUUGUUGGUAACAAACAAUCCAACCAACCAUCAUAUCGGCAAUUCACUUUGUGCAACCAAAAACCAUUUCCAUGAUGAUCAAUGAAAUGAAAGCUGCAAGUGCUUUGGGAGCCAAGACAACACGAGCUUGUGAUAGCUGUCUACGUGUAAGAGCACGGUGGUACUGUGCAGCUGAUGAUGCUUUUCUUUGCCAUGGCUGUGAUAACUUGGUUCACUCUGCAAACCAAUUAGCUAGCAAGCAUGAAAGGGUUAGGCUUCAAACUGCAUCCUCUAAGGUAAAAGCACAAACAUGGCACAGUGGAUUCACACGCAAGGCAAGAACCCCACGUCAUAAUAACAAGCACUUAUUGGUGCAACAACGAUCCAAAAAAGAUGAAGAACAAGUGGUUUUCAAUAACACUAGUUCCCUUCUUCAUCCUCUUGUGCCUGAGCUUGGAAGUGAAGAACAACAACUUCUAGAUGAUAAUGAGAAUGAGGAGGAACAACAAUUGCUUUGUCUUGUGCCUGUGUUUGACCCGUUUGAUGCAGAGCUUUGCAGUUUAUACAAUGAAGUGAAGGAUGAGGGAUUGGACACCAUCAUGAAAAACGAUGUUGUUGCUGGUGAUGGUGAAGAGGAAGAAGAAGAAGUGUUUGAUUUGGACAACUUUUCUCUCCCAUCACAUAUGGAACUUGCUGAGUUUGAUGCUGAUGUUGAAACCUUACUUGGAAACGGAUUUGAUGAGGACUCAUGUGGCCAAAUGAAAGGAUCAGAACUACUUGGUUGCAAAGAAGAAGAUGAAAUAGAUGCAUAUGUUAAUAGACUUGGAGAUAAAGGUGCAAUGGUAAAGGUUAAGGAUGAAGAAUUUGAUGCUGAUACAGCUUGUCAUUUGGAUUCAAUUCUUGACAUGAAUAGCGAGGCCUUUGAUUGGAAUGUUGACUCAGAAUCACUGGCGGUUGCUGCACAGGAGGAAGAGGAGGAAAAGGUGGCGGUUCCGGUGGCGGCGAGUUGUGGAGCCGGUAAACUGGGAACUAAUAAGAAAAUAUUUUUGAGGCUAAACUAUGAGGAGGUAAUUACUGCUUGGGCUAGCCAAGGUUCUCCAUGGAUAACAGGAAGCCCUCGUAACUUCAACUUUGAUAACUGCUGGCCUGAUUAUUUGGGUUUUAGUGGCGCAGAUGUCCAAUGCUCUUAUGGGGAAGUAAGAAGCUUAAGGGGGAGUAUAGAUGAGGGAAGAGAAGCAAGAGUGUCAAGGUACCGAGAGAAGAGAAGAACACGUUUAUUUGCAAAGAAGAUAAGGUAUGAAGUAAGGAAGUUGAACGCAGAGAAAAGACCUAGAAUGAAAGGUCGAUUUGUCAAGAGAACAUCCUUUGUUGGAGGCACUUCUAAUUUGCCAGCUUAAUUACCACUGACAUGAAAAUUGAUCAAACGGUACUUAUCUACAAGUUGUUCAUCUGCUCGUUCUUAUGAUUCAAUGUCAUUUGCAUAGGAAGAAGAAGAAGAUGAAAAUAAAAGGUGAAUAUUGGACUUAGAAAGAUGAAUGCAUCACAAAUUUGAACAAAUUCACUCUCAAUUUUCUAGGAACAUGUAGAUGAGAAUGUGAACUUUAUUUCAAUGGUGGGGAUGGAAUAAUCAAGGCAUGCAAGAUAUAGCUUUUAGUUAUAUAUUCUUCUAAGGAUCUCACUUAUAUUGACUAAUAGCAAACUUGCUAGAGAAAAUAUAUAUUGUAAUUCGAACGACAU